CGGCCUCUCCCCUCUCGGCAGCUCUCCGUGGACACGCUGCGCUUCCUGCUCUUCCUCUACCUGCAGCAGCUGAACAAGGCCUCCCUGCGGACGUCCCUCAUCGGCGAGGAGUGGCCCAGGGCCAGGGCUGCCGGGCUGCCGGGCAGGGCCGCGGGGCACAGCAAGAACUGGAAUGACCAGGAUCACCUUGCCUUCGUGCUCACACACCUCUCAGACAUGCUGGAGCUGCUGCUGGAGCCAGAGCAGCUCAGUGCCUCCUCGCACGCCACUCACAACAGCUUGGUGUCCUACGAAGCCGUCUGUGCCCUCAGCUUCCUCAUCGAAGGGACUGUGAACAAUUCGAGGACCAUCCACCCUCUGCAUGAGCUUGCCCUCUGGCAGCCCUGCCAUGGGCAGAACGGCUACUCUAAGAUCUCCAAAACCUUCUCCUUCCCCAAACUAGAGAACUGGCUGCGCUCCUGCCUGAUAAUAAAUCCUUUUGGAAUGACUGCCUGCUUACGGUCUGGGAAGAAGCUUGCGUGGGCACAGCAAGUUGAAGGAACAACCAGGAGAGCAAAGAUUGCCUGUAACACUCGUGUGGUGCCUGAGGUGUCUCCUAUGGUGAUAAUGAGCCAGGUUUACAAACAGACACUGGCCAAGAGCUCGGACACCUUGGUGGGUGCUCAUGUCAGAAUUCAUCGCUGCAAUGAGUCCUUCAUUUAUCUCCUCUCUCCUCUUUGUUCUGUGACCAUUGAGAAGUGCCAGAAUAGCACGUUUGUGCUCGGCCCUGUGGAGGCAUCUGUUCACGUCCACAGCUGUGACAAUAUCAAAGUCAUCACCGUUUGCCGUUGCUUGUCUCUUUCCUCCACCACUGGCUGCACUUUUCACAUUCUGACUCCUACCCAGCCUCUUAUCCUUGCGGGAAACCAAGCAAUCAGCUUUGCCCCUUUCCACACCCAUUACCCCAUGCUGGAAGACCACAUGGCUCAGGUGGGACUGGCCACUGUGCCCAACUACUGGGACAGCCCCAUGUUGGUGUGCAAGGAGGGCAGUGAUGCCAGCGUCUUCCGCCUCCUGCCGCCCUUGGACUUCUACACCUUUGUGAUUCCUUUUGAGAUGGAAGGAGACACCACAGAAACACCAGGGGGGCUUCCCCGUGCCUACCAGAAGGCACUGAAUCAGCGAGAGCAGAAGGUACAGAGCUGGCAGAAAAUGGUGAAGGAGGCGUGCCUGACCAAGGAUCAAAGGAAGCAGUUCCAGAUGCUGGUGGAAAGCAAGUUCUACGAAUGGCUGAUUCAGACAGGGAACCGUCAGCAGCUGGAUAGCCUUGUCCCUCCUGCUGUGGGCUCCAAGCAGGCUGCAGGAUAGCAUCGUGUUCCUCUGCACCAGAAGGAAAGGAAGGAGUUGUGGGAACAGACAGCGCUGUCCUGAAAACAUUUCCCAUAAAGACUUUGCGGCUGUUCUGACUGCACGCGCUCGAUGUGGAUCUGAUGCCCAGCCUGUGUGUGGAUUUGGACAUCUCUCUGGUUUAGGAUUUGGACAUCUCUCUGGUUUAGGAUUUGUAAUAGCUGCUGCUUUCCCAGGAAUGUACUGUGACUGUUCUGUUGGUAAAUGAGAAGGAAGGUGCAUGCUGCUGGAGGAUGAUGAGGAAGUACAUGCGCUCCUUGCUGCAAGGAGGCUGGUGUCAUGGUUACCAUCUGUGCUGUGUGUGUGUGUGUGUGUCCAAACGAGCCUUUCCUGAUGUACAGCUGGAUGCAGGGCCUUGGCUGUCACACGUGUCUUUAUUGUACAGGCCAGCUGCACUGUUUUUAUAAAUGUGAAAAACAAAUGUUUGAUCGUUUAUGAAUGAAAUGCUAUAGAUUUUUUUUUAAUAUGAAGAUAGCACUUAAGCAAUGUGAUUUGGGUGGAAUUACCUUUCUUGUAUAUUUGUCUUGUUUGACAGAUAUCAAUAAAACUUAAGGUAAGCCUGA